CGCAAGCGCAUGUGGAAACAAUACCUUGGGCUAACAUGUAAGCAAGAAAUGGAGUGUCGGGGAAUACUCUGCAUCUCUCAAAAAUAGGCUGCAGUUCGAUUGGCCGGGUGAGAGCGGGACCGCUCUGAGAUCUAUUACUGUGCAUCGACGCUGUUGCCUUAUCAAGCAGACACGUUAUUGUUGUAAGUGCACGGGAACAGCAGCAUGUCAAGACCUUCGUCAGUAGCCAAGGUGGAGGUGCGGCAAUUAGGCCAUGAGAUCAAGCGUCAGCCCAGCGAAAAACACCCGAGACGUUCAUGGGGUACAGGCACCGCGGGGCCACGGGAAGGCCAGUACUUGGUUGGCCGUAGAGCCAGGAAGACGCUCAUGCGACGGCACAUAUUCAACCUGCUCCGUCGUCUCGUAGUAAUCGCCGCUUCCAUCCAGUACAUCGUUGUCUCCAUGACCGCAACUGAACGCACAAUUCAAGCUCUGAAGGGUGAUCAUAACCCGCCCGAGUCAUUUCGAGUCUUCACAGCGUCCCUUAUCGCUGGGUACGUGGGCAAAGGUCUCAUCCGAGACAGCGCCCUCUUUCAAAAAGUAUUGGAAAACGAUACUACUCCCCGAGACCACGCGGUGUUUCUGGAAGCCAAGAACCAAACCUCAUUCCAGAAUUGCUCUGGUUUACCCAAAUUCAAUCCUAAAAUCUACAGUUUCGAGUAUUUGAGUCACGCUUAUCUCCAGAUGGCGGAUGCUGCGAAAUAUAACGUCACUGUUCUUGAAGACUUUGAGCUCGUGACAGUCGUAGUAGACUGUAGCUUCACCAAUCUCAAGUCAGGAGACAACGCCAUGGUGCGAUUCUUUAACUUGGUGCGUUCACGAGUUGAUCCAACAGAUCUGCACAUGGUUACCAUGUCACUCAAUGUCCAAGAUUACGAGAUUCGCAGUCAAAAGAAGACGGGACCCUGCAUUUUGACCAUGAUUUCGAUAGUAAAAGACAUGAGUGCGGGGGCUACAGGGGAGUUCUAUCUUAUGGCGCUAACGUAUCCGUACAAGCGCUCAAUGGGGUUUGAGGUGUACGAGUUUAUGGGGAUAACCAUCGAUAGCUAUCUGGAGCUGCGUACUAUACCAGAAGACCCACUUACACAGCCAGCAAAUCGCGUGAUCACGGCGAGGAAACGUGGUUUCUAUGAUGGUCAAGAACAGUCGAAUAUUCGGUAUAUGUACACAAUGCUGGAUACAAACGCGACGACGGCAAUGACUCGCUGGGAGUGGCUUGGUGAGGCUGUAAUUUCGGAUUCGUGGGCCUGGGUACACGGGUUGCACCUCAUCUUCGGGUUACAGACGAUCUUCUCUCUAAUUGUGCUAUGUCUGGUGGCAUUCCAGAAUGCUCGGUCUGGAAAACUUUGGAUCGGAGACCCGUUUGCUUCCGUUUCGACAACCACUCUUGUCACACGUGGUGUACUAGUGGUGAUCUCGUGGUACUUGAAUUCGUUCUGGAUGUUGUUUGAGUUUUGCUUGUCUAUUGCUGGCAAAAUCUCCAAGACCCAGAUUGUAAGAGUUCACACUGAGCUGGUACAUGCGGAUGUUCUCGUCGUAUAUUUGAGCUUGGUUGGUCUGCUGAGCUCCAUUUUCCGGGAACGGAUAGACCCAUCGGUCGCUAUAUUUCUGUUUGAAAUUAUUUUUUCAAAGCACCAAACUCUUCUCACUACUGCAGCAGCAGUUAAAAAGGAGGUUGUGACGUACUCCGAUAAAGUCUUUUACAUGGGCGUACCGAAGGUCUCAUCGGCUGUAGCAGCCAUGUCUCCAUUGCGAUUGUGGAGUGCGUUCCAGAUACCGCUUAGUAAAGACGGCACAUUCCUCUUUACGUCAUUUUUUCCGAAUGCCAUUUUACUAUCGAUUAUCGCGGGUUUUGCUAUUUUGCAUAAAAUUUAUCGGCACUUCUACCCGGAAAAGCAUCGACAACGAUCAAGUGUACUAAGCACAGAGCGAUCGUCAGUUAAUGAGAGGACAGAGCUUGCGUUGAAAGGCAACCUCACGAACUUCGAGAUCUCAACGGGUGCUGAGCUUCGCACUCGGUUUGGUAUCAUCUCCGACUAUAACAACUACGUUUACUUCAAAGGCAUGAAGUUCGCGUCAGCUGAUGGGGUCUACUGUUCCGGGUAUGUCAUCGUGAAUGGUAAAAUGCUUGUGGGAGUCAAGGAUCUCUUGUCGAUCGGCCUUAUUAAAGCCACUCAUUCCAGGUUUACGAACGUCUAUGUAUAUGAAGUGGAAGGCAAUACGGUGAAGGAUACAGCACGACUGGUUUAUCCGAAUACGUUCACAUGGUCUGAUCUCUGGCAUUUAAAUGUCACGGUACUACUUUAACCAACAGGGGGAGGGGGUUAGCUGCGCAGCGAGUAACUUUGUGAUUUGGAACAGUUCAAUUCGAGUGAAACUGAUCACCGACGCCAUGUACUCCGAAGCAUCGACUGCUCGCUGCUAUACCAGUCUCAGGCUUUAUCGGGAAAUGCCAUUUCUAAAGGAGAGCGUGUUGCUGAUAAC